AUGAUUUUUACUUGUGAAAGGAGGAAAGUGAGGUUAAAAUUAAAUCAUCCAAAAUAAUUGUAAAAUUUAAUUUUUUUUUCGAAAAUAGAAACAAAUUAAUAAUAGUCCUAGGAUAAGCUUCAAUUCUUAACAAUAGUUAUGGUAAUUGGCGCAUUUCCAGCUGCCAAAUUAGGCGCGUUACUGAUCAAACAAGUCAGCAAACCCAUUGCUACAGUUUUGAAAAAUCAAGCCAAAAGUUCUCCUAUUUUUCGUAAAUAUGUUUGUAUGCCCCCCGCUCAGUUUUAUAACUGGUGUGAGAUAAAGUCGAAAAUGUGGAUUCUAAACUUGGGCAAACCUGUUAAUAUUCCUGUGCUGAAUGAGGCGCAAGCCAUAGAAUUAGGUGCUAACUUAUUGGGUGAAGCUGUUAUUUUUCUUAUAGCUGCUGGGAUAUUGAUUAGCGAAUAUGCCAGGUCAUCAGCAAAAGAGGCUGCCAAAGAAGCAGCCAGACUAGAAGAGGUGAAUACUUUAAAGAGUGAUAUUAGAGAAUUAUAUAUACAAGCCGAAGAAGAACGAGCACAAAUACGAGAGUUGCUGAGGAAAGUUGGUGAUCAGCAUUCUAAAUUAGAUGCAUUAGCCUUCACGCUGGGCUCGAAGAGUAAAAAACAGCCCAUAGAGGAACCAUCCAAUGAACCACCACCAUAUUCUCCUGUAAACGAUGACCCAAACUUCAAUAAAAUGAAUGAGGCACCAGAAAUAUAUCAAUUAAGCACUAGCAUUAAAGAACAACCCUCUUCUAUACUUUUGUUAAGAAGUGUAGAUGAAAUUGCACGAGAGUUUUGGAAUUAUCCCACCAAAACAAGAGAAGAUAGUCUUAUUUUACAAGCAUUAUUUCAUUUAAGUCAAUUAUUCAGGUUUCGAACUUAUUGAAUAUAGCUUUCUCUAGUCAAGAGUUAAAUUUCACCAACUUAUGUUAUGACAGAAACUUAUUUGUACAUAAAUAGUGAUUAAGUAGCAAACAAUUCUAAUUUAUUGCAUCUAUAGUCUAGCGGAUCAGAUCUGAGUUGAAUUUGUGCUUUAAGUUUGGCCAUAUUUUAUUUAGAAUAAAGAACCGAUUAU